GACUGUCUGUUCAGGAAGAAGAGAGCGGAGGAUCGGUGUCUCCAGAAUCCUGCUGGAUCAACCGACAGAAGGACGAACCGGGGUCUCAACCCGACGCUUAUAAACCCGGAAGUAACCGUUGAACAUCUGUUUGCGCGCAGCUGGUCGGAGCACAGACAUGAGACUGUGGUGGUCCUGAUAGAGGAGGAAGGACAGGCACCGGGAUCAGACAUGGCCCACGUCGGCAACAGAGCGAGCGCGGAGGAGGAGGACUGCUUUGAGGAUGCCUACGACAGAAUACCUGUGGCCUGUCAGAUGGAUCUGCAGACAGCCAUCCAGGAGACUCAGUGCGCUCUGAACCUGGUCCUUAACAACAAGUUCUCUGAAGCCCUGGAUCUCCUGAAACCAUGGUGGAAGGACAGCAUGUACCACGCGUUGGGUUACAGCAGCAUCCUGGUGAUGCAGGCGGCGAUGACCUUUGAACACAGAGACAUCCAGACUGCCAUGGCAACCAUCAAGGAGGCGUUAAACACCUGUCAGAGGUUCAGGAAGAAGAACUCUGUGGUCGGCUCUCUGUCCAGUCUGAUCAGCAAGCAGUCCAACCUGCAGGAAGUGGAGAUGCACGCAGAGAUCUGCUACGCUGAGUGUCUGCUGCAGAAAGCCACGCUGACGUUCGUUCAGGAUGAGAACAUGAUCAGCUUCAUCAAAGGGGGCAUCAAGAUCCGAACAAGCUACCAAAUCUACAAGGAAUGUCAGAACGUGCUGAAUGCAUCUCAGGACCUGGCGGGCCAGUCUGAUGCGUUCAGACAGUUUGAGGGCGGAGUCAAGCUGGGCAUCGGCUCCUUUAACCUGAUGUUGUCGCUCCUCCCUCAGAGGAUUCUCAGGUUGUUGGAGUUCAUCGGAUUCUCAGGGAACAGGGGCUUCGGUUUGUCUCAGCUGAGGGAGGGAGCGUCCAGUCACAGCCUGAGAGCGAUCCUCAGCGCUCUGACUCUGCUCUUCUACCACACAUACGUGUCGCUC